AAGAAGAAGAGAGAGAGAGAGCGAAAAGUACACGAAAUCUCUUCAGUUCAGAAACUUUCAGUGUUGGAGAACUUGGAACUCCCCUGAAGAAGCCCCGGUCGCGGGAGAGGAGUCCAGUCGAGACUCGAGACAGCGCCGCGGCAUCCCACCCCCACCUACCUCCGCCGCCGCCGUUGUUGUGGUGAUUGAUCCCGCCGCCGACCGCCGCCGAUGUCGUCGUGGCUGCGGAGCGCGGUGAGCAAGGCCGUCGAGGCGGGCGGCCGGAGCGGCGUCGCCCGCGCCGUGCUGGGCUACGCCGACGCCGUCGCCCACCACGCCGGCCAGGCCGUCGCCGAGGGCGCGAAGAUCCUCAACGACCGGAUGAGCACUCAAAACUACAAAAGUGUCAAGAAAAUGGUGAAGCGCUUGGAAGAGGCCGCGGUUUCAUCACGCGGGGAGGAUAGGCUUCAGGUGCUAAGGCACUGGCUCAGGGCGCUACAAGAGGUUGAGGCUCAACUUGGAGGUCUAGAUGGGGCUGCCGAACAGAAUGCCCAUUCAAGUGAACCGAACACCUCAAAACCACCAUUUGCAAGAGUUUUGUUUUAUGAUGCUGACAUUGGAGGAGCUCCGAUGAACUUUCGAGAUGUGUUUCUCUAUAGCCAGGCACUUGAAGGUAUUACGUUGUCCAUGAUUCUUCAAGCUCCUAAUGAAGAAGAGGUUCCCCUGCUUUUGGAAAUUUUCGGCCUAUGUCUUACAGGAGGGAAAGAAAUCAAUAAUGCGAUCAUGAGCAGUAUACAGGACUUGGCAAAAUCAUUCUCAAAUUACCAUGAUGAAGUCCUGGUACAUUUUGGGGUAUGCAGCUGUAGUAUAUGUUUCUUGAUGUCUUCUUUCCAGGUGAAACGUGAAGAGUUGCUUCAGUUUACCCAAAGUGCCAUUUCUGGACUAAAGAGGAAUUCUGACAUUAUGAGAAUAGAUGCUGAAGCUGUAGAGUUGUGGAAGAAACUAAAUGAGAAGGAGACAUCAAGAGUUCAACAAACUCAAGAAGACCAUGCAAAAACUACGGAAAGGACUUCUGCUACAACUGUUGAGUCAUUCAAAGAAGCACUCUCUGAAGUCCGAUUCUGCUCUAGAAUGGAAGAGCUUUUACUGAAGAAAAAAACAUCUACUGCCGGAGACUCCCUUGAGAUUCGUUCCCAAAAGGUUGACAAAUUAAAGGUCUUAGCAACUUCCCUCUCUAAUUCAUCUUCCAAGGCUGAGAAGCGUAUUUUGGAUCACAGGCGCCAGAAAGAAGAGGCUCUUAACUUCCGUGCUAAAAAGGAGAAUGAAGUGAGUGCAGUUGAAAAGGAGUUGACGGCUGAGAUUUCUGAAUUGGAGAAGCAACGUGACGAACUUGAGGCUCGGUUGAAGAAGGUCAACAUUUCACUGAAUGCUGCCAUUGGACGUCUCAAGCAAACAAGGGAAGAGAGGGAUCAAUUUGAUGAAGCAAACAAUCAAAUGAUAUUUAGUUUAAAAGCGAAGGAUAAUGAACUUUCAAAAUCUAUUACCUCAUGUAAUGUGGAGGCUGGCGUAGUCAAGACUUGGAUCAAUUUCCUUGAGGAUACGUGGCAGCUUCAGUCAUCAUAUAAUGAACAGAAGGAAAAGAGAACCAAUGAUGAGCUUGAGAGAUGUACAGACAAUUUCCUGAAAUUGACUAAAUAUCACCUUUCUACAUUCAAGGAAAUUCUGAGCCCAUCAAUUGAGCGAAUCUGCACAUACGUGGAUAAUUUGGCAGUUCUGCAGUCAAGGGACGUGUCAACAGAACAUGACAAUGAGGAACUAUCAGAAAAGACAAGUCCACAGAAAUCCCUUGAGGAAGAAUAUUUGGAAACUGAAAAGAAGAUUGUAAUUGCCUUUAGCAUCACUGAUCACAUGAAGAAGCUCUUUUAUUCUGAACAAGGGGUUAAUUCUAGGAGGGAUGAUGAGGACGUCAGGAACUUAUUUUCUGAGAUAGAGAAACUUAGAGAGAGAUUCGAGUCUGUAGAACGACCGACGUUAGACAUUGAAGUCCGCCGAGCAAAGGUUCCAACAAAGGAGAGAGCUGAGUCAAGCCCUUCACCAGUUCAGGUACCUUCUACACCUAAAGCUGAAACUGUGGUCUCCCCAAAAUCUCCAGCGAAACCUGACCAGCCGCUGGAUCUUGAUUCUGAACUUGCAAAGUUAGAAUUAGAAUUUGGUCAAGUUAACAAAUACUCACCUGAAGAGAUAAGUGGGUGGGAGUUUGACGAACUUGAAGAGGAGCUGAGAGCUGACAUCUCCAAAUCGCAAUAAAAAAUAAUGACUGCAUGUUACCCACUUCGCCGUGUUCUGGCUCUACCCGCAGUUGUAUAGUUGAAUGUAUAGAACUUUCUAUUGUGUUCAUUGAUAUUGUGUUACUGUAUGAAUGCACCCAAGUUAACAAGGAAUUCCCUAUUUGUUUGUUAUUGUCAUGGUUUUAUGUAACGUGUACAGAAAAUAUUUCAGUACGUCACAUUUGAAUGUGCAUAUAAAAAGAUUUAAGCUUGAUAUUUAAA